AUGACUUCCACCCAACAAAAGAGGAUAGUUAUUGUAUCCCCUCUAGUCAAUAUAGGACUGCCCAUUCACCCUACUGCUAUAUACCCUUGUUUAUCUAGAAGCUGUUUAGUCAAACAAGCUCGAGUGGCCAAAAUGCACCUAAACAAUAUAUACCCUUUCGAUGCCAAAUCCACCGACAACAAGUGCUCUAGAAUUUUCCGGCCGUGGGAUGCUAGUGCUAGUGCUAGCUCCAGCGAUAGCUCUCAAGAUAGCACCAUUUCCACAACAACUCAAGAACACAAGUGUGCCAUCGCAAGUGUUAAACUCGAGGACCAAAGAAGUUUCAGACCGCUCCAAGACAAGCUAGCUUCCCCAAAUAAGCACCUACAGCCUUUGGAGUACUGCGCAGAUUUAUACCCAGCUGUGUACCCUGAGCUUCUGCAUACUAAUUUAGCUCUGGCUCAGUCACUGGGCUUGGCUGCCGGUGAUCCUUUGGUGAUGGAGACCAUGGCUCAGGGGUUUGCUUUUGAGGAGUAUGCCAGAGUUCUGAGCCAGGAGCAUCAGGCGAAGAUUCUGGCUGCUAAGAAGCAGAGGCCUAAGAAUCCUAGACCUGAAAUAGAUACGGAAGUCGAACCGGAUCAAUUAUUGUCAACACCCUCACGUCCUGCUGUGACGUAA